AUGAGGGAGAUUGUGCACAUUCAGGCUGGACAGUGCGGAAACCAGAUUGGAGCAAAGUUCUGGGAGGUGAUCAGUGAUGAACAUGGCAUCGAUUCCAGCGGAACUUACAAUGGAGACAGCGAGCUGCAGCUGGAGAGGAUCAACGUGUACUACAGCGAGGCCUCAGGAAUUACAGGGGGAAAGUUUGUGCCCCGUGCUAUCCUGGUGGAUCUGGAGCCUGGCACCAUGGACUCAGUCCGGUCUGGGCCAUUUGGACAAAUCUUUAGGCCCGAUAACUUUGUGUUUGGUCAAAGUGGUGCUGGGAACAACUGGGCCAAAGGUCACUACACUGAAGGUGCAGAGCUAGUGGACUCAGUGCUGGAUGUGGUACGUAAGGAGUCAGAAAACUGUGACUGUCUGCAGGGAUUCCAGCUCACUCACUCUCUGGGUGGUGGCACAGGCUCGGGAAUGGGCACACUGAUCAUUAGCAAGAUACGUGAAGAGUACCCUGAUCGCAUCAUGAACACAUUCAGUGUCACACCAUCGCCCAAAGUGUCCGACACAGUGGUGGAGCCCUACAACGCGACACUGUCCAUCCAUCAGCUUGUGGAGAACACAGAUGAGACCUUCAGCAUUGACAAUGAGGCACUGUACGACAUUUGUUUCCGCACACUUAAACUGACGACACCCACCUAUGGUGAUCUCAAUCACCUGGUGUCUGCUGCCAUGAGUGGUGUCACAACAUGCCUCCGUUUCCCAGGGCAGCUUAAUGCAGACUUGCGCAAGCUUGCAGUCAACAUGGUUCCCUUCCCUCGCUUGCACUUCUUUAUGCCUGGAUUUGCACCCCUGACCAGCAGGGGGAGCCAGCAGUACCGUGCACUCACUGUUCCUGAACUAACACAGCAGAUGUUUGAUGCCAAGAACAUGAUGGCGGCGUGUGACCCGCGGCACGGGCGCUACCUUACUGUGGCAGCUAUCUUCCGUGGUCGGAUGUCCAUGAAGGAGGUGGAUGAGCAGAUGCUGAGUGUGCAGAACAGGAACAGCAGCUACUUUGUUGAGUGGAUCCCCAACAAUGUGAAGACAGCUGUGUGCGACAUCCCACCACGUGGAUUAAAGAUGGCCGCCACCUUUAUUGGGAACAGCACGGCAAUCCAGGAGCUGUUCCGACGUAUUUCAGAGCAGUUCACUGCCAUGUUCCGCAGAAAGGCUUUCCUGCACUGGUACACGGGGGAGGGGAUGGAUGAGAUGGAAUUCACUGAGGCAGAGAGCAAUAUGAACGACCUCGUCUCCGAGUACCAGCAGUACCAGGAUGCCACAGCUGAAGAAGCAGAAGAGUAUGAGGAAGAUGAGGUGGAAGAGGAGGAGGAUGUACGCCACGAUGGCCGCCAAGAGGUUCACCACUGA